CUCGCUCGCUCUCUCUGUGUCCUGGUAAGAACACUGUGAUGACAAGUUGCAGAGUUUGUGGCUCCAGCAUCUACAAGGAGGGACUUGCAGAUGCAACCGAGCGUAAAGAGGACGCUGAGGACAUUCACUUGGUUGGCGGAUCCUCGGCGUUGAAAGUGCUCGUCCACUUUUCACUCGCUGACACCCGGAAGCACCUGACACACUUGGGAGUGUUUUUUGCCUGAGGCCAAAAACAAAAACAAAAAUACUGGACUGGAAGGACUGUCGAGGUCAGAAAGUGUGGUUACCUGAAACAUGGCGGUGUUUUCUACUACCAGGAAACUUACUUUGCUGUCCUUAACGUGCCUGUGGAUGUUGCCAGGCAUAUGGACACAGAUACUGAUGGGCCAACCCCAUACGGAUGUGAUUGAGGGUCAGAUGGUGAUUCUGAAGGCCUCAUACAUCUCAGCGCCUGGAAGUGACUUGAGCACCCACACCAUUCUCUGGAACCUUGUUUCCAACAACACUCAGCUGAUUAUCUCUUACACAAAGGGCUCCAUAAACGUGGGGAGUGCCCAGUUUAAAGGCCGAGUUGGAUUCACCUCAGGCAUGCCCUCAAGCGAUGUUUCGCUGUACAUCAACAACACCCAGGAAUCCGAUUCGGGACGCUACCUCUGCCAGGUCAUCAUUCCGGAUAACCCUGGCUUCACUGCUGAUCUCAGCCUGGACGUCCACGUACCCCCUGCCGUUCCAAAGUGCAGCUUAUCAGGCAGAGUAGAGCUGAAAGGAAAUGUGACUUUGAACUGCAGGUCCAGCAAUGGGAAGCCGGUUCCUUUGUAUAGGUGGAGGAAAACUAGUCCCACCUCUGAAGUCUUCUUUUCACCUAUGCUCGAUGAGAAGUCAGGCACUCUGAAGCUGAGUAACCUGAGCAGGAACAUGUCAGGGAAGUAUGAGUGCACUGCCAGCAAUGCAGCCGGAUCAGAGAGAUGCUUCAUCAGCCUGGAGGCCAUCACAUCCAAUAAUGUCGGGGUGAUCGUAGGCGCCACUGUAGGCUCAGUGGUCGGCUUCCUCUGCCUUUUCUUCUUCCUUUCUGGCUUGUAUUUCCUGCUGAAGAGGCGGAGAGAUAGCGAAGAUGACAUGGCAAAUGAAAUCAAAGAGGACGCUCAAGCUCCCAAACGGGUUUCCUGGGCGAAAAGCGGCAUGGGCUCCGACAUCAUAUCCAAGAACGGCACCUUGUCCUCCAUCGCUUCCAGCCCGCAACACAGAGAGCCGUCCAACAACCACCACCAUCAUCUGCAACACUACCCCCAGCGGCCUCCCUCCGACACAGCCUCCAUCAUCACGGCUGCCGGGAGCACAGCUGGCUAUCGUCCGUCACGCCAUCAAGGAGCUUCCACACCGACCCACUACGGCUACAACGACAACACCACCCUACCACGUGGGCAGCCUGCCCCUUUGGAGGCCAACACCAACGGGGGUGCCCAGCCCACACCGGAGCGUUACACCCAGCUGCCACAGGCCCAGGUUCUCCCACAGACCUAUAGCCAGCCUCAACAUCACGCCACUCCUCCGCCUCCACCAUUGCCCUCCUCCGUAGUCUCAGCCUCCAACAUCACCCGCAUGGGUGGUGUGCCCAUUAUGGUGCCUGCGCAGAACCAGGCUGGAUCUCUUGUCUAACAACAGCCAUUACUUGCAAAGGAAAUCUGUAGACUGUGGAAUACUCUCUCACUUUACUCUACCGAGGGACAUCUGCAGAUUUUUUUUUUUUUUUAUGAAGCUUUGUUAUUGUUAUUUAGCACUGAUUCAAAAUAGUCAAAUCAAGCAAUUUUCAAGCAUUUAGGACACUCACUACUUGUUUUCAAGUACUUAAAUAUUUUUUUAUAUUCUCCACACACUGUAUAUGUUGCAGAAUACGUAUAAUUGCGAUUUUUCAUACAACUUUUUCUACUUUGCGAUUCCAAUAUUUUUAUUUUACGAUAUUCAAUUCCAACUGCUUUUAUGUGUCAUGAUAUUUUGUUUGCCUUUAUGAAGCUUAUAAAAUGCUCUCAGACAGUUAUUUAAACACAAUUUAUUUAGCGGAGCACAAGUUAGGAUUGAUUCGUGGUGGCUUCACUUGCGUGGGUCCAUAUUUAAAUUAGUAUUGUUUGCUCAAGGGCCCUACAGUUGGCAAGUGUUACCAUUCUUUUAGGUCAGAAACUACAAAAAUGCCAAUGCUCCUUUAACCCACAAGAGUUCAAAUGUGCCCGAUACAGUUUUGUGCUUGAAUAAAUGACGUUUCGGAAAUAUUUUGGAGUGGUAGGCAUGUGAGUAUCCCAGGUAUGGCUUCCGGAGGGUAGGCGAUACUGCAAAUGUUUGUAUCGAUCCGAUACCAAGUACAUACAGGUCCAUUAGUUACGAUACCACUACAUGUGCUUUUAACUUACUUUCAUUUGUUGAUCAUAUUUAUGAAAUUAUACAACAAAAAGACUUUAGUUUAUUAAACAAGACUUUAACUACAAUGUAGUAAUACCAGCAAAAUGAUAACAAUUAGUCCCCUUUAUUACACACUGUUGAUUGAGCAAGUCAAUAAUGCGAAAUAAGUAAAUAAAAACAAAACCAAAAUUGAUUCAAGCAAAAAACAUUUGUGAAAAUAAGCACAGAACUGAAAAAUAUCGACAUCACGUGCUACUAUAUUGAUCUUACACGGACACAGCUAUUGGCAUCGAUAUUCGACCCGCCCAAAACGGAAGUAAGGUAAGCGAGCUCAUUUCCAAAAUAUUAUUUUUUGCCAUUGAAGCUAAUUUAAAAACCAUUUCAUAAUGCUAAUGCUUUAACAGAAUGUCAAUUGUUAUAAUCGAACUGUUCUUACCGCAUUUGUUCAAUGAGUUUAUCCAAAACAUGCUAAGAAACUAUCGAUGUGACCUAUUUGUCACAAGAGCAAAGACGCUAAUAAGACACUCAAUAUAUGACACAGUUUCCAUAAUUCUCGAUUAAUAUGUUUUUUGCCGUAUUUGUGGUAACAAAUAAUGUAGUCCCGUCAUUUUACUUUAUUGCUGUGGCUUCUAUUGGGUUACGUUAAUUUGAUUGACAUUCACAAUCAACAUUUGAAAUGUAAAUAUGCUCUUUUAUUUUUAUUAUUACAGGAAAAAUCUAUAUCAGCCAUUCUCAGAUGACGCGUUAUUAUCUGCCUUUAACACUGGAUGCUGAACCAAAGAAAAAAAAUAUAUAUAUUAUGUUUGUUUCUCAAGAUGCUUUUGUUUGAGUUCCAGUUAUGAUUGGUCUGCUGGACAACAAUGACCUUUCAAUGUGUGUUAAUAGGAAGCAGCAUGGCUGUCUAUAACAGGGGGUGUCCAAAGGGGCCGUUUUCUGCACCGAGCUUGUUUUUUAUUGGCCCUCGAUAUAUUGUAAAAAUAAAAUUACUUCAUUUACAAGAUUAGAUUACAGUUUUUGUUAGUAAUGUGUUCCAAAAGAUCCGACAGAAACUGAAUCAAAUGGCGACCGAAGCAUUUUUUUUCUUUAAAAAAUCAAAAUAAAAAUCCAAUGAAUUCAUUCUAAUCAUUUUGUUAGUCAAUUUGUUUAUUAACAUUGAAUCCUAUUUCACGGGAAUCCACUUAUCGUGGUAGGGUCUGGUACCAGUUAACCGCGAGAAACGAGGGAAUACCUGAGUGGAACACAUUUGGACAUCCCCUGGAUGAAUAAAACAAAUGGUUAAAUAUCUGACACGGUUUGUGUUACAUGUACGUUUGCCUUUUUUAAAAGCAGUUUGGAUUGGAUCUCUGAAAUCUGUACAGUAUUAUAGAGUAUACAAUUAUUGUCAUUUGGCCUGUUGUAUUGUCAUUACACUGGAACUAAUAGCCAUUGUUCUCAUUUACUCUCAUGUGGCAAAACAAUUGAGAUUGUUCGUGUUGUUGAAAGAUCACAAACAGACCUGUAGUGACCCAUGUUGGAGAAAAUUACAAAUGAUUAGUUCUCUAUCGAAACACUAGAUGGCAGUGUUUUCCUGAAAGUGAGCAACCGCAAUUCACAUUGACUAGCUAUUUAGCUUCCGGUGUAGUCAAUUACUGCAAUAAUAAGCUAUUAUUUGUUUGGUUUUAACACCUUCAUGACCCAUUCCGAAAUUCAAAAAUAUGUUUGAUAUUAUGAAAAAUGUGGGGGAAUUUUUUUUGUGGAAAUUCCAUUUAAGAAAAAAUGUUACAUAGACACAGUUCACAAAGCUCAGUGUCAGUGAAACUGUCAACAAUGGAUUAUAAACAGUACAAGUCAUUCAAACUAUAUGCAAAUUAUUUAUUUUUAUAAAAAAAUAUAAAACCACUUCCGCACCGUACAUGAUUACAGUCGUCCCUCGCUACAUCACGGCUCUAAUAAUCUUAACAAAUGUAUUUAGAAUAUUGUAAACAGCUUGAAAUUCACUUACCACGGUCGGGGUUCUGGAACAAAUAAACCGUGAUAAACGAGGGAUGACUGUACUAGUAUUUAACAAACUACUCGUAACGACUGUAGACAAACAUGCUCAUUCCUACGGAUGGGCUCAAUUUCAGACAUCAUUGUGCACUUCUACUGUACAUACUUAUUAGUAUGUUCAUGAAAAUACUUUGUAUAUUUUCCAUUAAAAAGUAAAGAUAAGUGUUUGUGUGCAAGUCUAUUAAAAUACCUGUGAACAACAUAUGAUUUUCAUAAGGCGAGGCAUCAACGCUGUUAUUACAGAGGGCUUAAGACUUUUGUCUUUUGUUGUUCCACAUAACUAGUAUAUAAACAUACGAAGCAAAGACACAACAGCAUUAGGGUAGCAUGUUUACUAGAAUUGGCGAUUAAGCAAUGUAAGAUUCACAUAGACAUCUCAAUAACCUAAGUCAUAAAUAUGAUCAUAUGCAAAUGUGUACAGCUUCCGUGGAAAAAAAAGCUGGUCUCAUUAAAGGAUGCUAUCCAAGGACACAGUGGGGAUGAUACGGGAAGUAUUUGAGCUCCUGCUGAUUUUGUAAGUUUACUUCCUUAGUCCGCUUUUUUUUUUUUAAUGGUAGUUUUGCAACAGAGAGUGUAAAAAAAAAACAAAAAAAAAAACUACAUUCUGUCCCUCUCUGAUACAAAA